AUGGUCCGCGAGGAUCUCAUAACGUCGGCUGUAUCCUUCCUCCAGGAUCCGUCAGUUGCCAGCGCGCCCCUUGAGAAGCGCAUCGCUUUCCUGCAAUCCAAGAACCUCACUCAGGAAGAGGUCGAUAUUUCACUCGCACGUGCUGCAGAAGACCCAGGCCAGCCCGCACCUCCUCCACAGACAUCUGCGGUAUCCAACAAUGCAUACCGACCACCACCCGCCGCCCCAUAUGCAAGCUAUCCCCCCCAAGGAUACUGGCAACCGCCGCCACCACCAGAGCCGCCAAAACGCGACUGGCGAGACUACUUCAUCAUGGCCACGGUCAUGGGCGGAGUAGGAUACGGUCUUUAUUUCACAGCGAAACGAUACGUCCUACCCCUAAUACAACCACCUACGCAACCUCAACUAGAGCAAGACAAGGCGUCCGUCGACGAGUCUUUCAAGCGCGCAUUCGACCUCCUGGAACAACUCAACACCGACACAGCCGCACUCAAGGCAUCAGAGGAGGCGAGGACUUCGAGGCUUGAUGAUGCGCUUGGCGAGGUGGAAGGUGUACUCUUGAGCCUUAAGGAGUCUUCAAAGAGGCAAGGGGAUGACAACAGGCGUAUAGAGGAUGAUGUGCGCGGCUUGAGGGAUCUGAUCCCCAAGGCAUUGGAGUCUCAGAAGGAAGCGACUGACGCCAGGCUUAAGGAGUUGUCAACUGAGCUCAAGAGUCUGAAGACUCUGAUUGGCAACAGGAUGAGUGCACCUGCUGCACCACGUCCACAGAGCGCUACCUCCGGCUACUAUGGAGCCGGUCAGUCAAGCGCUGCAUCGGCGCCUGCCGUAAAUGGAACAUCCGCUGCUUCUAUAUCAACACCACAGUCAUCAUCUACCCCUGCCCCGAGCGAGUCAACAAACGGCACCAGCACUGCUGAGAGCCAGACGAACGGCAACGCAACAGCUGCAUCUGCCUCAACUCCGAGCACAGAAAAGACCCUCCCUUCCUACGGCAGGGGUCCGGCUGGACGAGCAGCUAUUCCGGUGUGGCAGAUGGCUGCCGCGAAGAAGACUGAGGAUGCGAAGAAAGACACGAGUGAGAGCGGAACAGCGACUGAAGCGAGUGCAUAG